CAAACCUGCUGCAUCCUGUGAAUUCAAAACCGUUUUUUUUUUUUAAAUUUCAUAUUUAUUUUAAUGAAAAAGUGUUGUAAAAAGACUGAUUUUAAAACCAACUCCAAAUGGAUUCUUUCUAUGAUGCUCCUAGGCGUCCUCCUACACCCAUAGCCAGAGAAACGUUAUCGGCAGAACCUGUGGUUCCCGAAAUAUCGGUCUUGUGUACUUCGAACAAUGCCCCUAGAAACACCUUUACAUCUUACAACCAAUGGAAACACCAUCAAAACAAUUUUUUGGGGCCCAAUAAGGAAAAUGUGAAUAGUUGUGUACAACAGCCACAGAACAGUUCCAUUUUAAAAAAACAUGUUAGAUUUGAGAAUCCUGUGCUUCAACAAAAGCCUCCAGAUAUUCUUAAACCGUUAAAUUUGUAUCAAAAUAAUAAGGGUGGCAAACAGGCACUCACCUUUCAACAAAUUUAUAUGGGCAAUGUACCUAGUAGGCAAUUGGAUCUAAGUAUAAUGGAUUUUCCAAAAAAAGUAUCUCCGAUUAAAAAUAAGAAGGUUUCACUAUCACCAACUAAACCACAAAAGAAAGAAACUCCCAAGACUUAUAAAGAGUUUAUGGAAACUCAAAAAAAACCCAAUGAUAUUGUCUUUAAUGAUUCUGUUACAGAUAUAUUUCAUUAUAACAAUUCAAAAACUAAACAGAAAAUCACAGAGCAUCAUAAUCACACUAAGCCUCAACAGAAUAUAGCAGAGCAAAAUAAUAUUCAAAGCCAUCCAGCUGUGCAAGAAAAUAAUUUUGAAAGAGUUGCUCGAGCUUAUUUACAAAGACAAUCUCCACAAAAUGAUCAAAUACAAAACAUCCCUCAAGAUUUUUUUCAAAGACAAUCUCCACAAAAUCAUCAAACACAAAACAAGCCUCAAGGGUUUUUUAAAAACCAACAACCAACUUCCAAUGAUGGUUUUGAAUCACAUGAUUUUCCAAUGUAUUCUUGCACUUAUCAAUCGCAAUCACAAAAUAAUGAAAUGCCUAGAUAUAGUCAAAAUGAAACCAGAGAAAAACUACCUUCAACAAAUAUUCAAAGAACUGAAAUUAAUACACCAACAUUUAAACAAAAUUUUUCAGAACAUCAGAGAGUAUUUGAUAAAGAUCAUGUACCAAAAAACAAAGAAUCUCCAAAAACUUGUGUUUGUUGCUCUGAAACUCCUAAACACCCAAAUAAUAAGGCUGACGAUGAUCUUUCCACUAAAGAUUUAUUAAAAAUAAUUGCUCAACAAAGCCAACAAAUCACAAACCAAAACAGCCAAAUUCUAUUGUUGCAACAGCAAGUUACUGAGCUAGUUUCCAUGCAAAAAAAUAAUGAAAUUUAUAGACAAAGAAUGGUAGAAACAGGCCAUUGUUGUCAGCGUGACGGUAAUAGUUAUCAAAAAAAAAUACCAAUUGAGCAACCUAAUGAUAAUUUUCUGAAAAAUGGAUAUGUUCAAGAAGAAUGCAUUACAAGUACUCAACGUGAAAUAUUUAAUGAAGUUGAAGCAAAUAAGAAUAAAAACAACCAAAUGCCAUUCUCAAUCGGUUUGACUACAAGCUUUGAGGUAUCUUUUAGAAGACCCAAUAAUAGGGCUCCCAAUGACAUUAUUUAUCAACAAAGAAAUCCUAAGCUGCUAGAUUUGGAAUCUGAAACACCAAAAAUUCAAGAAAUUACAGAAACUGAAUCAACAAAGUCUGAUAGAUAUGAUGCACAGCAGGUUAAUGCAAUUGAUAAUAAUAAAGGAACACUAGUUGACACUUCAAUGGUGUUCAAGGAACCUAUACAAGUUAGAGAAUCAUGUCCAAGUCCUGAACCUAGUAUUAAGAUAAACAUGAAUGAUUUUGACGAAUCUGAAUCGGAUGAAGAGGAUUCUUCACAAGUUGAAGUCAGUUUUUACAGAAAUCUUAUGUCUCAAGUAAAUAAGAUUUUGCAAAGGGCCCAAAUAGACACAGGAGAAGAUUUUGGCACUUCAAAAUUAAAUAACAAAACAAUACACAAAGUGAAAGAAGCCACAAUGAAACAUUUGAAGAGAAUUGGUAUUGAUAUGCCUAAUUUUGAAGAGUCUCCAGGAAGUAACAGUUCUUCAGAAGACCUGCAUGGACAGUCAUACGACCAAGACGACAUCAGUUUUGCAGUUAAGCAACUUUUGAUGAAAUAUCUCCCAGCAGAUCAUUUGUCCAAGCUAGCGGCAACUGCCAAAGCGGAUGCUCGCUUGACACCCAAAGAAAAAGUUGGUGCUAUUAAAAAUCGACCAGAAUUCUCUUUUGCCACAGUAGAAUACAUGAAGAAGUAUAAUUUGAUAGCAAAUAAUCAAAAAGAUUUCAACAAAGUACAUAAGCAAACAUCAUCAAAACAGUCCCCGAAAAUUUUGGAUAUUUCCAAACUAAAACAGCAACCAAAACUUUUAUAAUAUUCAAUGGUUAGUGAAGUGAUGUGACAAUAAAAUAGAGAUUAUUUAUUUGUACUUAUAGUUUAAGAUUUUUAUCAUGUUUUUAAUAAAAAGAUUUUGAAUUAGCACUAACAUUAUGUACUUUAGUUUAAAUGCUUUUUCUAAUUUAAUUUUUCUGUAACUUUCAAUAAUAACUAUUGGAUGCAUCUAGAGUAAAUUCCACUAAAUGAAUUGAAUGUUCUAUUGAAAGCAAAAGUGGUAAUACAUGGGAAAAAUUUAUG